AUGAUGUCGUGGUUUUCCGGCAUCACCGGGCUCGGCCUUCAUCGCACAGACUUGGGAGGCCCUGGCACUGGCCCUCCGGCCAUCCCUCGAGGAAGUGAUUUCAGAUACCCCCGCAAGGGACGGCGAAGGGUCAGAGGCGUGACCAGGAGCUCUAGGAGAGGGUGGAAGCAGACGUCGAUGUCACUGCUAGACCUACUGAGCCCUGCCGCAUCCCUUGCCGCGGGUUAUGGGCACACCUGUGCGGUCAAGGCCGACCGCCAGCUCAUCGCCUUUGGACUCUGGGAUGCCAGUGUGCCAGAAGGCUUGGGGCCAGUUCUGGCCGUUUCCGUGGGGCGAUUCCAUGCGUGUGCGGUGAGGGCCGAUGGUGAGCUGGAGUGUUUUGGCAAGAACGAGGCUGGUCAGUGCGAUGUACCACUAGACUUGGGUCCAGUUCUUGCGGUCUCGGCUGGCCUUGCUCACACCUGUGCGGUGAGGAUGGAUGGACGGCUGGUGUGCUUCGGUCGCAACCUCGCAGGGGAAUCUGAGGUGCCAAUGGACUUGGGACCAGUUACGGCUGUUUCCGUCGGGACCUGUCACACCUGCGCCGUAAGAAGGGACGGUCAGCUGGUUUGCUUCGGAAGAAUCGAGGGUCGCUGCGAGGUGCCGGCGGACCUAGGGCCUGUUCUGGCAGUCUCCGUGGGCCUUGGCCCUGUUGGCCACACCUGCGCAGUGAAAACCGACGGUCAGCUGGUCUGUUUCGGAAAAACCGAUGACGGAUACAGCCGAUACGAUCCAUGUGACGUGCCGCCGGACUUGGGGCCAGUUUUCACAGUGUCUGUGGGCUACCACCACACCUGUGCCGUGAGGACUGAUGGUCAGCUGGUAUGUUUUGGAAAGCGCAAUGACGGUCAGUGCAACGUACCUGCGGACCUGGGACCUGUUCUGGCAGUUUCCGCAGGGCGUUGCCACACCUGUGCUGUGACGGCGGACGGUCGGCGGGUCUGCUUCGGAUGCAACUUUCAUGGUCAAUGUGACGUGCCAGCAGACUUGGACCAGCCGGAUGCGUGA